CCCCGCGGCAGCAUGAGCGGCUCCUCCUGACCGCCGGCCGCCCUGCGUCCCUGCCCCGCCGCCGGGACGGGCCCUGUCGGAUGCUGGCGUCUCCCCCGUGCCGAGGAUGCUGAAGAUGAAGCUGCCCCUGAAGCAGACGAGCCACAAGGCAGCGACGGUGGAAGAGGCGGCGGCGGUGGCAGCAGCCGCGGGGCUGGGGCUGAAGGAGCCCGGCGGUGCCCUGGACUGUCACCUCCAGCUGCAGCAGGUGCCUCGGGCGCCGGCCCGCGGAAACGCCGCGGCGGGGAGAGGGUGCGGGUUGGAGAGGCCGAGCCAGCUGCACGGCUUGGGACCGGGGCCUGGGCCUGGGCCGGGCCCGCCGCCCCCCCCCGCCGCGGUUAGCGCUCCGGGCGGCGGCGGGCCCGGCUCGGCGGCGGCCCGCACCGAUAAGGAGACGGUGUACGAGUGGUUUGGGCUGGUGCUGGGCUCGGCGCAGCGGCUGGAGUUUAUGGUGGGGCUGCUGGACCUGUGUAACCCGCUGGAGCUGCGGUUCCUGGGCUCCUGCCUGGAAGACCUGGCCCGCAAGGACUACCACUGCCUCCGCGACUCGGAGGCCAAGGCUAACGGGCUCAGCGACCCCGGGCAGCUCGGCGACUUCCGUGACCCGGCCGUGCGCUCCAAGCUCAUCGUCUACCUGGCCCUGCUGGGCUCCGAGAACCGAGAGGCCGCCGGCCGUCUCCACCGCCUCCUGCCCCAGGUGGACUCCAUCCUGCAGAGCUGGCCGGCACGGAGGCCCCAGGCGGGCGCUGGCGAGGAGGAGGGGGCCGCCGAGGAGGAGGACAUGGUGGUCGUGAUGGACGAAGCUGGAGAGAACGGGCAGGCCGGCCUCCCUCCCGCCCAGGGCCUGGGCUUCGGCGCGCAGGAGGAGCUGCUCCUGCUCUUCACCAUGGCCUCGCUGCACCCGGCCUUUUCCUUCCACCAGCGUGUGACCCUGCGGGAGCACCUGGAGCGGCUGCGGCGGGCCUUGUGCGGGGACCAGGAAGAGGAGGGUUUCGGCAGCCACCAAGCCCAGAAUGACUUCUCCCAUAGUGACUGUAUGUCAAGUAAUGAGACCAGUCUGCUAGAACGAACCACAGCACCUCAUGAUGGACUACCAAUGACUUCCCAUAGACCUCAGCGAGAAGCUGUACACAUUGAGAAGAUAACCCUGAAAGGAGUACCAAGAAAAAGGGCUGACAAGCAUCUGGAAUACACAUUCAAAGUAACCUGGUCUGAUCUUUCAGUAACAUGUGUAACAAAAACACAUCAGGAGCUUCAGGAAUUCCUGCUAAAACUCCCAAAGGAACUGUCUUCUGAAGCAUUUGACAAGACUAUUUUAAGAGCACUAAAUCAGGGUUUUCAGAAGAGGGAAGAACGAAGGCAUGCUGAUCUUGAGCCCAUAAUCAGGCAGCUAUUUUCAAAUACAUCGCAAGCUUUUCUGCAGAAUCAGAGAGUAUACAACUUCUUCCAAUCAAUUUCAUCAGAAUCUUUGCACACUCACAGUAACUUACAACCCUCUUUGAAGACGGUUAAGGCACCAGAACACUUCAAGGAGGACAGUUCAGAAGCUUCAAGUCAGGAGGAAGAUGUAAUGCAACACACAGCAGUCCACAAAAAACACAAUGGAAAAAGUCCUGUUGCCAACAGCACUAACAGUGCAAAGUGUUCUUCACUGGAUAGCCUUAACAUGCAGCACACAGAACAAAAUGGGGUAUUGGACUGGAGAAGAAAAAGCUGCAUUGUCCAGCAGCACCCAGAGCACUGUACAAACCUACUUGACCAGCAUACAGCAGAAAAACGAAGUCUGUCCACAGUAAGCAAGAAAAAAGGAAAGCCACAGCUGGAAAAGGAUAAAGCAAAGAAAAACUGACUGCCGGUUGGAAUAACAGGGACCAAUGGAGUUAGAGUUGCAGCAUCACAGCACAUCCGUACAGGGACAACAAAAGAUCUGAAUUUGGAUGCUGGAUCUGGUCAUGAUACAUGUGGUGAAACGUCAUCUGAAAGUUACAGUUCUCCUUCUAGUCCACGACAUGAUGGAAGGGAAAGCUUUGAUAGUGAAGAAGAAAAAGACAGAGAUACAGACAGCAAUUCUGAGGACUCUGGGAAUCCACAUACAACCAGGUUUACAGGCUACAGUGCUGUCAGUUCAUCAAAUAUGAACAAACCAACUGCUCAGAUCUCUUCAGUGAGUAAUGAAAACGGAAGCCUUUCAGAAGAUCCUUUGGAAUGCCAAAGUUUCAGGCAUAUUUCCUUCAUGCCUGCCUUACACUGUGUAAUGCACAGCGCUUCCCAGAAGCCUGAAGCAGUUGUCCCACCGCCCAUAUCUGCGGAUGGCAAAGCCGUGGGGAUGUUGGUCACCACUCCAGUUGCUGUCUCGCCAGUGAGAGAGUCUGCAAAUUCACCUCCUGGUGGAAUGGGCCCAGUGACCUCUGGUGAACCUGAGAAACGCCUCGAGCUGAUGGCUUCCCCCUUGCCAGUCCCAUCUACUUUCCUUCCACACUCUGUCCAGCCUGGUAGCCCUGCUUUGCAUUUGGCAAUACCCAGGUUAAAAAUGCCCUCUCCGCAGGGAUCGUCGGAAAGUUGCACAGUUAAUGGGACCGCAGCAGCCAACAGGAAAUUUAAGAUUGGAUCACCAAGUACUUGCUUCAUCCCAGUCCACAAUCCAGGUAGUUUCCCAGGAUCCCCAGUUCCUACUACAGAUCCCAUCACAAAACCUGCAUCCCAAGUGGUAGGACUGAAUCAAAUGGUGCCUCACAUUGAGGAAACCCAGGAAGCAAUCCCUCAGCCUACCAGUCUCAACGUAGUUCUUCCAGCAGCUGGUCUCUCCACAGCAAGACCACCUCCACCAGCUUCAUACGCUUUGCCAGGCAGUCCCCACGCUACAGUAUUGCCCAACCAGAAUACAAACGUGCUAAACACUGUAGCAACUUCCUCACCACCUCAGUCUGCCGGUUUGGGUGUCGGUCAGGUCCAGUCCACUGUUCCUCCUGCAAUCCCGCACCACACGCCAGGCCCUGCCCCCAGCCCGAGCCCUGCUUUAACACACAGCACUGCACAGAGCGACAGCACAUCCUACAUAAAUGCUGUUGGAAAUAACAACACUAACGGGACAAUGUUACCUCCGCAGCAGCUGGGAUCUGGCCCCUGCGGUUCUUGCGGACGUAGGUGUAGCUGUGGGACCAAUGGAAGCCUUCAGAUUAAUAGCUAUUUUUAUCAUAACCCACUUCCCGGACAAGUCUACAGAGUUCCGUCUUUCUUCACUCUGCCAUCACUUUGCAAUGGCAGCUACCUCAAUCAAGCACAUCAAAGCAAUGGGACACAACUCCCAUUCUUCCUGCAUCAGUCUCCGUAUGCAAAUGGGCUCAUGCAUGACCCAGUGAUGGGGAGCCAAGCCAACUAUGGUAUGCAGCAGAUGGCAGGAUUUGGGAGGUUCUAUCCUGUAUAUCCAGCACCUAACGUAGUUGCCAACACAAAUGGGUCGGGACCCAAGAAGAACGGGAACGUUUCAUGUUAAUGUGGUGUCAGUGGACACUAUGCGCAGGACUGUAAGCAGUCAUCCCUGGAGGCCAGUCAACAAGGCACUUACAGACUGAGAUACGCACCUCCCCCUCCCCCUUCCAAUGAUACCUUGGAUUCUGCAGACUGAAACAAGUAAACAUUGCCUACUUAAACUGAAGCUUGGGAAAUUGGGGGAAGGUGUGUGUGGGAGGGAGGGGUUGGUCUUGUGUUUUGGGACAUUCCCGGUUUUAUAUUAUUUUGGAAUUUUUCAUUGCUUUUGCACCUCUGUUCCAUACAAAAGAAGAAAGCUGAGUCCCUGGUCUCCUGGUUCUGCAAAAGGCUUGCGUUAUGCAUGCAAUUCAAACACACAGCCAAACAAUCAAAAAAAGAGCAUUCAAACCAUGCUUUUGCACUGAAGACUUGAGACAUGUGCAAUGUUUACUGCGUUUUUUU